AUGUCUGCUGUAACGUCUGCGUCUCUCUGCUGGACUUUGCUUCCUGUCUGCCUCCUGCUCGUCUCUGCAGAGCAGAAGAACAUCACAGCUGAGUGUGGACAGAACGUCACUCUGACGUGUCGAGCUCCAAACAACAACACCAUCACAGGUGUAGAGUGGAGCAGAGCUGACCUGGAGCCAGAAUAUCUCCUUGUUUACAGAGAUGGACAGUUUGUUCCAGAUAACCAGCAUCCAUCCUUUAAGAACCGCGUGGAUCUGCAGGACAGACGGAUGAAGGAUGGAGACGUGUCUCUGAUCCUGAAGAACGUGACGAUUAAUGAUGAGGGAACAUACGAGUGUCGCCUCAUCCAGAGAGGAACGAACCGCAGGAAGAGAGCUAACCUGAAGACUGCCCCCAUCAGCAUCAUCACCCUGAGAGUUGUUGCUCCUCCUCCAGAGCAGCAAAACAUCACAGCUGAGUCUGGACAGAACGUCACUCUGACAUGUCGAGCUCCAAACAACAACAACAAUGAUAAUGUCAGAGUUGUAGAGUGGAGCAGAGCUGACCUGAAAGAUGAACAUGUCCUUUUGUACCGGGAUGGACACUUUGAACCGGCCAACCAGCAUCCAUCUUUUAAGAACCGGGUGGAUCUGCAAGACAGACAGAUGAAGGAUGGAGAUGUGUCUGUGAUUCUGAAGAACGUGAUGAUUAAUGACACUGGAAGAUAUGAGUGUCGCAUUUUCAUGUCAGGAACAAAUGAAUUUGUCAGCAUCAUCUACCUGAGAGUUGUUGAUCCUCCUCCAGGUCAGCCAAGAGGAUCUGUUGGACUGAUCGUUGGUCUGUCAGUUGCUGCUCUGCUUCUUGUUGCUGCUGCUGCUGUUGGUUUUCUGAUCUAUAGAAAAUGUCAGCAGGUUAAAAAGUCUCAGACUGUUGUGUAGCUGAACUGUGAGUCUCUUUGUGUUGUUACAAAUUGUCAGUGUCGUCUUUGAGUAUCAAUAAAUCUGAUCUGAGGACAGAAACUGAUGGUGCUGAACUCCAAUCAGACAUCAAACACGUCCAGAUUUAGUUUGAUUCCACAUUUCUCUGAUUAUCAUCAGAGCUGUUUAGACUGCGUUACAUCAACUCCUGAUUUCACUGUAAGAUCUCACAGCACAGCAUCAGAAUCAGGGAUUUAUUUCAGCUUUUAGCCACAUUUCAGUUUCUGAAAGCAUUUCACACUAAAAUGAUCUGCCUUUGAUUUCAGCAGAAGUUCCUUUGUGUAUAAUUUGAUUGUCCUCAUUGUUGCUGAGUUCAGUGUCGUGUGUGUUACAGCAUCAGGAUCAGUGUGUGUUUAUCUUCAGGUUCAGCAGCUGUGUGUGAGAUCAAACCUGCUCUGUGAGCUUUGAACCACACAAACUGAUCCUCAUGUAGAGAUCAGCUGUUACAGUAUCAUUACACACACUGACUGAACACACUGACAGCACACACACUGAGUGUGAUGAUCUGUGUGUGGAUCACAGACAGUCACUAAUGUGCCUGACAGUGUUCAGGACUCACUGAUCAGCUCCAGCUGAGUGAGUGUUACAGACAGUAUCAUGAAGCACAGAGAAACCAUCUCCAUGCAGCUGCAGGCAGAUGUUUCCUCUGAAGCUUUGUUCAGCUUUUCCUCCAUGCAGGAGACUCUUCAGUUUGUUUCUG